AUGUUUAUGCAACAAUUGUGGCAAUCGAAAAUAUCCUGGGAUUGUCAAUUAGAAGACCAGCAACUACAGUUUUGGAAAGAGUUCCGAAACGAUCUGCAAUCUCUAGAAGGUUUUGCCGUUCCUCGCUGGGUAGUCCCAUGUAGUCAACCAUACGUCAUUGAACUACACGGCUUCUGCGACGCUUCAGAGAGCGCGUAUGGAGCUUGCAUCUACCUUCGCUGCAUCUCCGAGAGUGGAUCAACUUGUGUACACCUCCUCACGGCUAAGUCGAAAGUUGCACCGAAAGCUCAAGGAAAAGGUCAAAAAAGAAUUUGUCUGCCUCGCCUCGAACUGUCAUCCGCCCUCCUACUAACCCAUUUGUAUGAGAAGGUUAAGAGUGGUUUGAACCUCAACACACGUGACUUAUUCUGGUCAGAUUCAAUGAUCGUCAUCCAUUGGCUAGCUGCAUCGCCAUCUCGUUGGAAGAGAUUUGUAGGAAAUCGCGUGGCGGAAAUCCAGCAGAUUACUGCCGCUGGAACUUGGGGCCAUGUAGCCGGUUUUGAAAACCCUGCGGUUGUAAUAUCCAGAGGCAUGCUAGCUAGUCAACUGAUCAAACACACUCUCUGGUGGAGAGGCCCACUUUGGUUGAGCACAUCAAGUGAAUUUCGACCAAAUAUUUUGCGUACUACCGACGAUCAAUUCGAUAGUCAAUUAUUAGAAGAGAAACCAUCGACUUCCCUAGCCACAGUUUCUCCCAGCAAUAUAUUCGAAUUUAAAUCAACGCUCACCGGGUUAAUUCGAUUAGUUGCUCAUCUCCGCCGAUUUGUGUUCAACACUAGAUUAAGAAACCGAAGUACACGACAAGUUGGACCCCUAUCGACUGCUGAAUUGGACAGUGCUCUACAAAACCUAGUACGAAUCGCUCAAAAUGAAUCAUUCGGAGAAGACAUCCGCUCAAUUCGCUCAUCUACACAAGUUAAAACCACUUCCAAAUUGAAAUCGCUUUCACCCAUUCUGAAAGAUGGCAUUCUUCGAGCUCGUGGCCGUCUCAGUAAUGCUUGCAUCAACUACGAUCAAAAACAACCAAUGAUUCUCGAUCAUGAUCAUCCUCUGACAUUAUUAAUUGUUCGCCACUAUCAUAUAAAAUAUCUACACGCUGGACCCCAACUGUUAUGUGCAGCAGUUCGUUCAAGAUUUUGGCCUCUUCGACUACGAAACAUUGCCCGUAAAGUCGUGCACACCUGCGUCACUUGCUUUCGCAGCAAGCCUGAAGUUACCGAACAAAUCAUGGCGGAUCUCCCACCAGCACGUGUAACCCCAACCAUGCCAUUCCUGAGAACAGGAAUCGAUUUUUGUGGACCACUAUAUUUGCGACCGCUUACCCGGAAACGUGCUCCAGAGAAGUGCUAUGUUGCAGUUUUUGUCUGCAUGUCAACGAAGGCGCUGCACUUCGAGUUAGUGGGCAAUCUCUCCACAGACUCUUUCGUCGCAGCACUCAAAAGAUUUGCCGCCCGACGUGGCAUACCACAAACAUUUUUUUGCGACAAUGCCACUAAUUUUGUCGGCGCUAGACGAUUAUUGAACGAAUUUUUGCAGUUAUUCCGAACACAGCAAAGUCGAGAUCAAGUUGUAAAACUGUGCUCAGAUGAGGGCAUAGAAUUUCGAUUCAUUCCGCCAAGAUCUCCUCAUUUUGGGGGAAUUUGGGAAGCUGCGGUGAAAUCCCUAAAACAUCACCUGUAUCGCACUCUUAAAAACGCUUUAGUAACCGCCGAACAAAUGGAAACAUUACUGUGUCAAAUCGAGGCGUGUUUAAACUCACGACCUCUCACACACCUUAGCAGUGACCCUCAGGAUCUGAACGUCCUUACACCAGGACAUUUCUUGGUGCAUAGAUCGCUAACCGCGAUACCUGAACCGUCUUAUGAGGAAAUUUCAUUGGGAAAGCUUUCACAGUGGCAACUAGUUCAGGAAUUCCUUAGACGCAUAUGGCAACGAUGGUCAACGGAGUAUCUCGCCGACCUACAGCAACGAACCAGAUGGACCCGAAGACGCAACAACAUCCAGAUUGGUACCAUGGUGUUGGUCAAGGAGGAUCAUCUCCCUCCAAUGAAGUGGCGAUACGGCCGUAUCGUAGAAGUUUUCCCUGGCAACGACGGCUGUAUACGUGUAGUCAACAUCCGGACAAAAGAUGGCAUGUUCAAUCGAGCCAUUACACGCAUCUGUGUUCUCCCAAUUCAGGACAAUCUGCAGCGCAAUGCAGAGUCAUCAUAG